UUGUUGGCCAUCGUCUUAAACAACUUUGAACACAGGUUCAGUGUUCGUUCAUCCGACUUUAUCCUAUCCUAUUACGUUUUUGCCAUUAUUGGCGCUGGCAUUGUUCUCUAUUCGACGCUUGUUUCAGAUCAUCGUGACCCACAAGUGUGGUCCUCCUCUAUCCUCAUCUGGUAUUUGGCCACACUUCUCCUUGGACUUUGUGUAGAGGCAUGGCCAAGAGGCAACACGUCUGUUCAACAAAGGUCAGGCGCCAGCCUGUCUGAGAAGGCCAAUCUUUUCUCUCGUCUCUCAUUCCACUAUAUUCAGCCAAUCAUGAGCCUUGGAUAUAGGAGCCCGUUGCAACUGAACGACAUUGCGGCUUUGAUGCCACAGCGUAUCAGAACCGAAAAUGCCUAUGUAACUCUACAAGCCUCUUGGAAACAGUCCCUCUCCUCUUACUUGGCUUUAUCGAGGGAAGAGCAAGAGAGAAGACGACGUUGGCUUUUAUUAAAGACAAUUGGGACUGCAUACGGAUGGAUGGGCUGGGCCCCCAUCGUCCUAUUCGCAGGGGUAUUAACUCAUCUACCAUCUCAAGCUCAAGCUCAUCCCCCACCCCUUUCUUAUGGGAUAUUAUUGGCAUUCCUCAUGUUCUUGACUUCGCUUGCAAGUUCUGUAGCAGGAGCGCUUUCGAUGCAAUUGAACGCCGAUCGAGGAAUGGAGAUCCGUUCAGGACUGAUAGGAAUAAUUUACAGGAAAGCGAUGAACCUAUCUCCAGAGUCUAGAAGGACACAGACGACUGGAUCUAUUUCCAACCAUAUGUCAGUUGAUGCUGAAAAGUGGACUGGCGCCCUUAAUACUCUGCCGCAAUGGAUUUCAGUACCCCUUGAAAUCAUCGUGGCAUUGUGGAUGUUGUACAAUCAACUGGGAUGGUGUGCUCUGGUUGGAUUAUUUACUGUUGUUGGAUUGAUCCCUAUCCAGAACAAAGUAUCGGAUAUCUUUUCAGAGAUUAAGGACACGAAGCUCACUACAAUGGACAGUAGGAUCCGUCUGGUUACCGAGCUAUUUUCAUCUAUAAGGACUAUUAAACUGCAUGCCUGGGAGAGCGCGUUUAAAGAAAGGAUCGCAAGGUACCGUACACUGGAGAUGGGUGUACUGCGACGGUUUGGUAAAGUUUACGCCGCCAUGACCUUCAUAUUCUCCUCCACCAUGUUUAUGAGUCUAUUGUCUUUCAGUAUCUACGCUGCGGUUGGAGGACCUGGUGCCACCCCAGGCAAGAUCACCCCUCAAGUAAUCUUUGUCAGUUUGGCGCUCUUUGGUCUGUUGAGCAAACCUAUCUCAUGGAUGGAUCAUUUGCUGAGCGAUACUACCUCUAUUUUGGUAUCCACAGACCGUAUUCAACAUUUUUUGCUCUCGGAAGAACUCGAGAACAACAGCUGUAACAACCAGAGUAGUUCCCAGCACCAAAUUCCAGGCAGAGAUGAGCCGCAUCUAGCUGCUAUUAGCGUGAGCAACGGAGUCUUUUCUUGGAGUGAACCGACCCAAGCGCCAAUAGUACCGACUCUCAGGGAUAUUAAUUUCGCACUUGAAGUAGGGUCCUUGACAGCUGUGGUGGGACGUGUUGGGCAAGGAAAGUCGUCCUUGAUAAGUGCCUUGAUCGGGGAUAUGUAUCAAGACCAGGGAACAUGUGUACAUAUGAAUGGCAGCGUCGCAUAUGUUUCACAGGAAGCAUGGGUAAUGAACAGCUCUAUCCAGGAUAACAUCCUUUUUGGACAACCUUUGAAUCAGGCUCGAUAUGAUCGGGUUUUAAGCGCCUGCUCACUCCUUCAAGACUUGGAAGUAUUUCCAGCAGGAGACCAAACAGAAGUUGGAGAGCGAGGCAUCAGUUUAUCAGGCGGGCAAAAACAAAGAUUGUCGUUGGCACGAGCUGCCUACCAGGAUGCAGACAUUUAUCUUUUAGAUGAUGCUCUGAGUGCUGUAGACGCACAUGUAGACCACCACUUGUGGAACACCCUACUAGGUCCCAAUGGCUUGCUCAGAGACAAAACCCGGCUAAUUGUGACCCAUGGUUUACAUCACCUGAGCGAUAUGGACCAGAUCAUCAUCAUGAACAAUGGGACUAUUAGCGAUAUGAAUGGCUUUAACGAGCUUCUGGCAAGUCGUGGAGGCUUUUAUCAGCUUUAUACCGAGUUUUCAUCAAAAAGCAAAAAACAAACUCAGAGUAACAGUGCCAGAAAGGACGAGAGUCAGCUUGAGCAAGAUAUAUCCGAUGCCGAUGGCAAUGGCGUCACAAGUAUAAAUACCUCUGGCGAUGUCAAUACUACUACUAUAACAGCCACCGGCCAGGACAAGGCAGCAGAGCCAAAUACCGCAGAUGAAAAAAUGGUAGAAGGUGGCGUGGGCUGGGAUAUGUUUAUGGUAUAUGCGAAAGCUGCCUCAUAUCAUAACAUCUUCAUGGUCAUCUUCUUGUACAUCUUGGUUGAGGUGGCUCAAGUCAGCACCAGUUACUGGCUCCGAUUUUGGCCAGAUUCCGUGGAUCAAGGGAAAUACACCGUUGUAUAUUUCUUAAUCGGCUAUGGUGCAUUCACAAUGGCAUAUGUUCUUUUCAAUAUGGCACUGUUUUAUGUAGCUAAUAUUCAUGCUGCUAUCCGAGCCGCGCAACAUUUGCACGAUCGACUUUUAAACAAUCUACUGAGACAGCCAAUGUCCUUUUUCGACAUCACACCCAUUGGUCGCAUUAUUAACCGCUUCUCUACCGACGUGGACGCCGUGGACGAGAGUAUUAUUUGGAACUUCAUCGAUGUUGUUUAUUGUCUAGUAGCCAUUGGGGGCACGUUGAUCGUGAUCUCCAUCUCGACUCCUCAAUUCCUCGUAGUGAUGCCGCCACUCACAUUGGCUUAUCUAUAUAUUCAACAGUAUUAUAUCAGUUCGUCUCAAGCGCUCAAAAGAUUCAUGUCUAUCUCCAAGUCACCGCUUUACCAGCACUUUAGUGAAUCUCUGGCAGGUGUCUCUACUAUCCGAGCUAUGGGGGCCACGGCGCGAUUCAUACAGAUGAACGAGCAACGAGCAGAUAUAUCUGCAGAGACUGCACUUGCGUUUGGCAUCAGUGGUCGUUGGCUCAAGAUUCGGCUCGAGGUCCUGGGGGCUUUAAUCGUUUUCACAGUAGCGUUCCUCGCAGUUCUGGCUCGUAGUCAGCUUGGUGCCAGUGUAGCUGGACUCUCGUUGACAUAUGCUAUGUCGGUCACACUCGAUAUUUCCUACCUUGUACGAGCAUGGAGCGAAAUGUCGAAUCAACUCAUCAGCGUGGAACGAAUUGAAGAGUAUGCAGAAUUGAGAGAGGAAGCACCGGAGGAAACGGAUUUCGACCGAAAUUUGCCUCAAAACUGGCCAAGCAAAGGUCAUAUUGUCUUUAGCCAUUAUUCAGCAAAAUAUCGCGAGCAUUUAAGUCUUGUCUUAAAGGAUAUUUCGCUAGAGGUCCAACCCGGUGAGAAAAUUGGAAUUGUGGGUCGGACAGGAGCAGGAAAGUCGUCAUUGACGCUUGCAUUGUUCCGAAUGAUUGAAGCUGCAGGCAGCUAUUGGGCAAGAGCAACAAGAAAUAAUGCAGGAGGAACAAUUUUGAUUGAUGGCGUAGAUAUCGCAAGACUGGGCUUAAAGACUCUUCGAAAGCGCCUGUCGAUCAUUCCACAAAAUCCAACGCUCUUUGCGGGCACUAUCCGUCAGAACUUGGACCCGUUCGAUGAACUUGAGGACAUCGAGCUGUGGACAGCACUUGAGCGUGCUCAUUUGAAGGAUUAUAUCUCCUCACUUACUGGUGGCCUUUCUUUUGAAGUUGCGUCCAAUGGUGAGAAUUUUUCAGUAGGUCAGCGAUCGUUGAUCUGCCUCGCGCGCGCAUUACUCUGCAAGUCCAAGGUCUUAGUCAUGGACGAAGCCACAGCUAUGGUGGAUGUAGAAACUGAUGCGCUAAUCCAGAAGACAGUCCGGAAGGAAUUCAAGGACAGGACUGUAUUGACAAUCGCUCAUAGAAUUAAGACGAUUAUGGAUUCGGACAGAGUGUUGGUUUUGGAUCGAGGAUAUGUGAAAGAAUUUGAUGCACCAGAGGUGUUGCUCGCCAGAAAAGAUGGAUUUUUCUACAGCUUGGUAGUUCAAGCGGGUGCACACUCUUGAAGUACACAUCUUCCCUCUCCUACAGGUUCGAUAGGACUCAAGAGCAACGAUCUCUUGGGUAG